UGAAAAUGGGAGAAUCAAAUACAGAAGAAUCUUUGCUCAAGGCCAUUCGAUGUAAUGAUAUAAAGAUGGUAAUAAACUUAAUAUUGCAAAAGGGUUAUCAACCACAUCUUUGGUCUUUGACUCCUGACCCUGUGAAUUUAGCUGUGCAGGGAGGUCAAUCGGACAUUCUGAGGGUUCUCCUUGAGCAUGGAUUCAACCCAACAUGUCCUUACCCUGGUGAUCUUCCCUGGCAACGGUCUCCCAUACACCUCGCCUCCUGUAGCAGAGAUAUGGAAUGUCUGAGGAUUCUCCUUGAGGCUGGGGUUGGCGUGGAUGACCGUGACGGGGAGCAGAGAACACCCCUCCACUGGGCAUCAGCUUGUGGGCACUUGACAAUGGCCAAGUUUCUAAUAGAGGCAGGAAGCAGUGUCAAUGUAAUACAAAGUGAUGGAUUCUCUCCAUUACAUGUAGCCACCUGUCUAGGGUAUGACCAGCUGUGUAAGUUACUCAUAGACAAUGGGGCAAACAUCAACAUCGAAGAUAAAGAUGGAUGGACCGCUCUGCACUCAGCCGUGUGCUAUGGCCACCACUGUAUCGUAACCUAUCUUCUACAAGGUGGGGCUUUAGUUGACCAGGCUACCAUUCACAUGGAAAGAGCUGUUCACAUUGCUGCGAGCUGCGGGCAUAUCGGCAUUGUACAAGAAUUACUUAACUUUGGAGCUGACAUUAACUGUCGAAAUAUCAACGGAUAUACAGCUUUCCACCUGACAGUGUUUCAUAAUAAAUAUGAAGUGGCAAAAUGCCUGGCAAGUGCUAAUGCUGAUGUUAACACAGUUUCAGAUGAUGGUAGCUCUCCUUUCUUCAUGGCUGUGAUGAGAGCCCAAGAAGACUUUCUUACACUGAUAUUAUCUAUUGGCGUGGACCUGAGGAAUCACAAGUGGCUCAGAAGCAGAAUUUUCCCUGCUGUUCUGAAGGCAAAUCAACGUUUGUGCCAGUGGCUGAUCAACUUCUCAAGCAAUCCCCAAACAUUGAAACACCUCUGUGGACUUGCUGUUCGCAAAAUAAUGGGUCAGAAUUUUCUGCCUAGAAUUCACUUGUUUGAAAUACCAGACAUUCUCAAAGAAUAUACAGCUCUUCCAUUAAUAUAA